AUGCGUCUAGCAAAUUGUUUUAAAUUAGCUCGACUUUUACGACUUGUUGCAUUUGUUCGAAAUUUUCAAAAAACUGAAUAUCGAUCAGCAGUUUUAUUUCUUCUUAUGCUUCUAUUUGCUAUUGCUGCACAUUGGCUUGCUUGUAUAUUCCAUUUUAUUGCAAUUCUUGAACGACCUAAUCUACAAGUCAAAUAUUCAUGGCUUGAUCAUUUGGCUGAUAAAUAUAAAAUGCCUUAUCUUGCCAAUGAUACAUUAAGUGGACCAGAUACAAAAUCAAAAUAUUUAACAGCACUCUUUUUUGCUAUGACUUCAUUGACAUCAGUUGGUUUUGGUAAUGUUGCAGCGAAUACAAAUGGUGAAAAAUUGUUUUCUAUUCUUUCAAUGCUAGCUGGAUCUUUUUUAAGUGCUUCUAUUUUGGGAAGUGUAACAACAAUUAUUAUUAAAUUAUAUCAAGGUGCAGAAGAAUUAAAAGAAAUGAAACAAAGUGUUAGUGAUUUUAUAAAACAUCAUCGUAUUAGUAAACAACUUGCUAAACAAAUGCAAGAAUCAUUUGAUCAUGAAUGGAAAAAUACAAAAGGAAUUGAUAUGAAUAGUAUAUUAAAAACAUUUCCAGAAUGUAUUCAAGCUGAUAUAUGUCUUCAUCUUAAUCGAGAAUUAUUAAAUAAUUGUCUCGUAUUUGAAGAUGCAAGUGAAGUUACACUUCGAGCAUUAGCUCUUCUUUUCAAAUCAACUCAUGUUCCACCAGGUGAUACACUUAUUCAUCAAGGUGAUGUUCUGUACUCAAUAUAUUUUAUACGUGGUGGUCAAAUGGAAGUAUUAAAAAAUAAUGAAUCACAAGCUAUAGUUGGUCGAAAUGAUACACUUGGAGAAAAUCCAUGUAAUACUAUUACACCAGGAAAGUCUCGAUGUGUUGUAAGAGGUUUAACUUAUUGUACAUUAAAUAAAAUUCAUCGUGAUGAUUUAUUACAUGUUUUUCAACUUUAUCCUGAUUUUGCACAAUCAUUUGCAGAACGAUUUCGAGUUACAUUUGAUCUUCGACAAUGUGAAUUAAAUGAAUCAAAACCAUUUUAUAAAUUAGAUGAUGAAAUUCAAACACUUAUUCGACAGCGUCGUCCAAAAUUGCAAUCAGAUCGACAAUUGAGUUUAUUAAGUCAACAUGAAGAAGCCAAUAGACUUGCUGCAUUACGUUCAUACCGUGGUGUUCGAAUGAGUGUGGAUUGUGGUAGACGACGACCUAUAAGUACUAUUGUUGAAUUAUCUCCUGAUCAAGGAAAUACGUCUUCUGAAGAUUUGCAAUUUAGUCAAGAAACACCAAGAAUGUCAUUAACACCUUUAGCUCAGGGAACGUUGACAAAUGUAUUUUCAACAAUUGUUGCCAUGUCAAAAAGGAUAAAAGCUAAUGUAGUAACUUUUCAAGAAGAAGAAGAAGAAGAAGAGCAAGAGCAAGAACAAGAAAAAGAAAAAUUACCACUAACAACUGAAACAAGUUUUGUAACAGAAAAAACAAAAUCAAUGCAAAAAUAUGAAACAGGUCCAAUACGAAGUAUGGCAGAUGUUGAUGCAGAAUUAUCUCUUCUUCAAAGACGUUUUGAUUGUCUAGAACGAAUAAUGGAUGAUAAAAUGAAAUUAUUACUCGAUUUUGCAAAUAAUGUUUCAGUAACAAAUAAUAAUCAUCAACCUAGUAAUCUGAAUCAAAUAAAUGAUACAAUAGAUAAUAAAAAUUUUUUUGUAAUUGAUAAAUUAGUUUUUACAAAAUAA